AUGGCGGACAGUGAGGCCCAAGCCCGCUCCCCCUCGCAGACAUCCUCUUCCUCCUCCCGCCCGGGCCACAAGACCAAAACCGUCCGUGCCUUAUCCCAGAAACGCCAUUCGACCUCAUCCAAUACGACAUCCGAUUUGACCUCGUUUCCGUCGCUCUCACCGGACCGCUCGCCUGAGGGGUUCGUCGGUGAACCCGCGCUGAAUCGCUCGCUGGCUAAUGCGUUGGUGGACGGGGAGGCGGAUAAUGGUGGUGGGAAUGAUAUUGGGCGGACGCGGAAUCGGAAGGCCACGCUGGCCAAAUUGACGAGUGAAUCGCCGGCGUCGUCGGGUCGCGUGGCGUUGUUUGAUGAUUCCGUUGCGUUGAAUACUGAUGUCCCUGGUGCGCUGCAUCUAGCUGACGAUGCGCAUAUUGAGAGGUUGGUGGCGAGUAAUGGUGCUGUGAAAUUGGUAAGGCAGUUUGCGCGUGAUUUGGCGCUGAGGGAUGCGGAGAUCUCAAGGCUGCGUCAGCGUGCUGAUAAGAGGGAGAGGGAGUUGAAGAGGAUGUUGCGUGAAGUAUCAGUCUCGAAUCAGGAUAUUGAGCGGAGACUGUAUGCACUGGACAAUCGUGACGAUACAACGAAUGGAAGGGAUAGCGGGAGUCACGCCGACCAGGGUUCUAAUGGGAUCGAUGGAUUGAUGCAGCAGGCUAUGACGGAUGACGUGGGGUCGGAGAUGCAUGAGGAGGUCAAUGGGGUGGAUUGCCAGACCACGCUUCGUCCGCAGCAACUGGACAAUGAUGCGAAAUCGGGUGCGUCUAGCGAGUUGGGGGUAAAUCGGAAACGGCAGAGUGGUCGUGGCUGGCAGGAUUAUAUCUUUGGGAGUACCGCUGGGAGCCGGAAGACCAGUCGUGCUAGCAGUGUCAUGAGCGAUGUGGGGGAUGUUGACGAGACGAACAAGUCGGUCCGCCGAAAGACUUUUGAUGAGCAAUUGUCUGGUGAGCAGAAAACCAAGCCCGCUGGAGACGACUCGAGCACGCAUUCCCGCAAAUCCUCCAACUCACUGUCAUCAUGGGCUGCCAAAUUGCUGGUCGGGAAUAACCAGGGCAAGGGAGAUUCUACCGAUCCUGGUCGCAAAACACCGUCUGGAGAGCAGCCCAGAAACAGAGCUGUUUCGUCUGUCAAUGCACCGAAAGGAGGUAUGACUGCGGUGGCGGCUCUGAAAAGAAUCAAUAGCAAUGCCCCUGGCGCUCCUGGCAAGCCUAAUGGACCAGCCAGAACCAAUGCUCAAGCUCCGCGGAGGUCGGCACCGAGUGUUUCGCAGGGAAGCGAGAUGGCCGAUAAAACAUCGAAUAACCUCGGACCGGUGGAGAUGGAUGCUAUUCUUCCUAUGGAAUCUCGGCCUCCUACUCUGACCCAUACGUAUAACAAUUACCAGCCGGGUGAUCUGCUCACCGAUAGAUUCGGAUUCAUCUACGACCAACGGCGAAAGAAGAGACAGAGGGAAGCUAGGAGCAGCGUCAGCCGCUUGAGUAUCACCGAAACUCUGAGUAGCUUCCGAAGCGAUUCUGAUGGUGAUGAGAUACCUGCGAGCCCUGAGCGCCCACUUUCCUCUCCAUCCCCUGAGGAUCCGGAUUCCGGUGCGGUUCAAGUUCGAAAAUGGCAGGAUUACUUGAAAAUCCCGUCAAAACCAACGGAGCUGCUGUCUCAUACGCCGUCUGCCGGUCCUAUUGUCGCGUUGACCACUGGCGAUGACAGCCAGCCACGCAGUGCUUCCUUCUCCGUGGACAAGAGUGGCUCUGUAUCGGUCAACCCCGCUCGGCAGCCAUCUGCGUCCACCUCUGCGGUGGUAGCAGAUCGCCCAGAGUUUGCAGGGACGUCCGCUGACGAAACGUCUGCCGCGGCUGUGGGAAUGGCUAUAAGCAACGAGCAGGAGCCGGUCCGGUUACUUCUCGACCAGUUGACUGAUCUUCAUGACUCUUUGCAGCGGGAUAGAACCGUCCGAUGGAACGAGUUUCUGCGAAAAGUACGCGCCGAGCGGAAGAAAGAAGGCGAAGCAGCGGCCGCCGCAGCCGCAGCCGCAGACCGGCCGUUACAGUCAAUCGACACACCGGAAGCGUCUCUCGCAGACGGAGAGGUAAUUGGUAUUGCUGGUCUCGGAAACAAAGGAAAGGUCGGCCGUGCCAAGUGGAAGGAGUUUCGAUCACUUGUCUUGGGUGGUAUACCGGUGUCUCUCCGCGCCAAGGUCUGGUCUGAAUGCAGUGGUGCGUCUGCAAUGCGGAUACCGGGUUACUACGAAGAUCUGGUGACGGCGGCUGGAGGCAGUGACCCCGAUCCGUCAGUUGUGGCGCAGAUCGACAUGGACAUCCACCGGACGUUGACUGAUAAUGUGUUCUUCCGAAUGGGGCCUGGUGUCAGCAAGUUGAGGGAUGUUUUGCUGGCGUACUCGCGUCGGAAUCCGGAGGUCGGUUACUGUCAGGGUAUGAAUUUGAUUGCAGCGUCGCUGCUUCUGAUCACCCCGACUGCGGAAGAUGCGUUCUGGAUUCUGGUCUCCAUGAUCGAGGUCAUUCUUCCGCAGCACUACUACGACCAUGGAUUGUUGGCUUCGCGUGCGGACCAGGUCGUGCUGCGGCAGUAUAUCACUGAAGUUCUGCCUAAGCUAUCAGCACACCUCGAUGACUUGGGAAUCGAGCUCGAAGCUCUGACGUUCCAAUGGUUCCUAUCCGUCUUCACCGAUUGCCUCUCUGCAGAAGCUCUCUACCGCGUCUGGGACGUCGUCCUCUGUCUCAACGCCAGUACAGUCACCAACAAUCCGACAUCCUCAACCCUGGAAAACGACCCCAGCACAAAUGCCGCCAAAACCAUCGCCUCCGGCAGCGGCGGCGGCAGCACUUUCUUAUUCCAGGUUGCUUUGGCCUUGCUCAAAUUGAACGAGCAGCAGCUAUUGACGACGUGCUUGACGCCUGCCGCGUUGUAUACAUACAUCAACCACCAGAUGACGAAUCACGCGAUUAGUAUUGAUGGGUUGAUCCAUGCUAGUGAAGCGUUGAGAAACGUGGUUCGUCGGGAAGAUGUGGUGGAGAGGAGAACGGAGGCGCUGAGAGACAUGAGGGAGUUCAACUAA